CGUUCGCCGGACGAGGCUCUCUCUCACUAUCUAGCUUCCUCUUCAAUAAAUUCCCGAAAUCGAAAUUUAAGGCCAAAAAAAGGAAGAAAAUUAAUUCCCAGCAAGUAUGUUGGUUUAUCAGGAUCUUCUCACAGCUGAUGAGCUCCUCUCAGACUCAUUCUCACACAAGGAAAUCGAGAAUGGCAUGUUAUGGGAAGUUGAAGGGAAGUGGGUUAUCCAAGGAGCUGUCAGUGUAGACACUGGGGCUAACCCUUCUGCAGAAGAUGGUGGUGAAGAUGAAGGUGUUGAUGAUCAGGCUGUCAAGGUCGUCGACAUUGUCGACACCUUCAGACUUCAGGAGCAACCUGCUUUUGACAAGAAGCAGUUUGUAACCUUCGUGAAGAGGUACAUCAAGAACUUGACACCCAAAUUAGAGCCAGAGAAGCAAGAGUUGUUCAAGAAGAACAUAGAGGGUGCAACUAAGUACUUGCUUUCAAAGAUUAAGGAUUUCCAAUUUUUCGUGGGCGAGAGCAUGCAUGAUGAUGGUAGCCUGGUGUUUGCGUACUACAAGGAAGGCGCUACCGAUCCAACCUUCCUGUACUUUGCCUAUGGCUUGAAGGAAGUCAAAUGUUAAUGGAGUUAUUCACCCCGUAGCAGACCGGCUUCCCCAUAAGCCGCACUUGUGUAAUUCUAGAUAUAAGUUCUAAACUAUUUAGUAUUUCUCUUAGUUCAUAUAUAUGCUUUUUAAAGGUCUCGAACUCGGUUUUACUAUUAUCAUUUUACAUGUCCUUUUUUUUUUUUUUUUUUGUUGUCAAGAAGGAUAUAUUUAUAACAUGAUUGAGGAAAUAAAAACAUAGUGUGUUUCCCAACAUUUUCUGGUUCA